GUUGUUCGGUUAAAUAGCCUGAGUAGAAAGGUCGUUGUUGGCUUAACUUUAUUAAUAGUUUGAUUGAUAUAAAAAUGAGGCCUGUAAUUUACUUCAAAAGAACCAAUUUAAUGAUUUUCCAUUUCACAUUAACUUUUUUGAUGCUUUUUUCUUACUCAACUCAUGGAAAAGUAUCGAAUUCUGGUGAUGGAAAAACGGAAAAACUAAGUUAUAAACCAAUAUCGACAAUUGUGAAUGGAUUGGAUAGCAAACCUAGAUUGUUCUAUGUGCGUGUGGCGACUGCGGUGGAUUUGACUUGUGGCGGGGCAAUAAUCGACCCCCUGUGGGUCAUAACUGCUGCCAGAUGUGUAUUUGAAGGCAACGCUUCCAGGGUGCUGAUUGAGUCUGGUGAAUUCACUCCUCCGAAACAAAGUAACAAAUUCUUCGUUGGAGUAGAGCAAAUAAUAUUUGCACCCAACUUCGAUCUUCUCUCGGAUCAAGAUGACGUAGCUCUUCUGAAACUGAGAAGCAGUCGAGUCCUUCACAAACUAUCCCGUUCCAUUCGACUGUGCAGAGCCGAGAAACCCGAAGAUACUAAAUUCGGUGCAUGCGGCAUGGGAGUAAGUCUGACUGGCGAUACCCGUCAUCUGCAGGAGAUGGUGUUUUGGGACCCCCUAGUGAACGACGGCCAGAGUGAAACUUGUAACCCAUACAACAUCUGUGUAGACACCUUGGCUGGGUCUAGUAUAUGUGUCUAUGAUCAGGGCGACCCCCUCUACGCUUUCGAUUGUGCCAACGAAGAACCUGAAUGUCUUUUUGGUGUAGCUUCCUACUGGAACAGAUCGCCCGAGGAUCCCGAUGAAAUUUUUGGAUGUGGGGGAGAAAGUGUCUUCACCCGGCUGAGUCACCUGACUUCGUGGAUCGAAAGGACAAUCAGACUCUACUGAGAAAUACGCACGAAAGAUUUAAAAAAAGAUAUAUGAUUAGGUGAAUUGUACUAAGAAAAAAACAUAAUUACCAAUUAAUACAAAUGAUUUGAAGGACGAAUAAUUGUUAUGGUAAUUCAACUGAAGUUUAUUCGAAUUCCUUUUCAGUUGAACCCAAUUCAGGUUCGCUGAAAAAAAAUAACCGUUGCCCUGUUUUGCACUAUUAAGUCUAUUUAUCCAUCCAUACUAUAUUUAAUUGCUUAUUGCAUGUAUGCAUGGUCUGUUGCUUUUGUUUCAGACUUUUCUAUCCAGACAUACAUUAUCUUACUAUGAAAAGUGUAUGAUUUCCAUUUUAUUUCU